AUGGCCACAGCCGUCUCUGCUGGCCUGUUCCAGUGGGCCAGCACCCUGCCCUUGCCUGCAGCCCCGAGGUUCCUGCAUGUGGGUGCCCACCUAACUGAUGGCUGCCGUCCCCCCAUGGCUGUGAGCUGUGAACCCAGCCGGGCCGUAUCAGUUGUCACUGCCGCAGCGGGAACCCAUUUCACAGGGUGGGCUUCCGCAGGCCUAACCCCAGCCUGGCUGCCCCCUGAACCUCCCUCCCCUUUGCUCUCUGGGUACCCCUGGGCCACCAAGGCGUCUGGGCUGGACACCGUGGAGGGGGCACUGGGAUUCUCUGGGGAGAGGCGGACCAGCCAGGCCCCGACUGACGGAGCUGAAACUGGCACAGUGAGGUGGAGUGGGGGCUGGGGGACCCGGGCCGCACCCUCUCACCACAGGCCAGGCAUCUCCUCCGCCUGGGAGCCAGCAGAUGGGACCUUGAGGAGCCUGAAGCCAAGGCCCAGGAGACUUCCCAGCCAGGAGGGUGUGAGCACACCGUCCGCACCUGAACCUCCACCUGUGGUGACAGGUCCCCAUGGAGUCGGUCAUCUUCUGGGCCUCGCUCAGCUGGUACUGAAGAGCCUAUGCUGGGCCUCACGGCUGAGAGACACAGGGGCUGAAGUCCAAGUUCAGGUCCAUGGGAAUUGCAGGCACAGAGCAGGAGGCAGGGCCAUGUCUGGAGCCUCCCUCACCAAAGGCCUCAACUGUAAACCACCUUCCAAAAAUAUUCACCGGUGUUUGGCGCGAGGAACACUAUUGCAGGAUCCUCCGGCAUCUCCAAACAUUGAGGCAACACUGCUGAAGUGGCCCCCAGUGCCCAGGGCUGGGGGUGAAGUUCCCCUAGUCCAGCCCUCACUGCAGCUUCCUGCUGGGCUGCACGCCUCUCCAGGCCAGGGCCUCCCUUGGAGUCAUCUCUGACCCAGGGUGCAGCUUGAGGCCAGCAUGGAGGAGGCAGCAGCACAUGCUUGUUGAAUGAACAAAUGACCUGGAGUGGAGGUGCUGGGGAGACAGGAGUGAGGGCCAAAGGCACGGCCCUCAUCAGGCUCUGAGCAUGUGAUUCUCCCACACCCUUGCAAGAAGGACGCUAUUUUAAACUUCAUUUAUUUAAAAUCGCACAGUAAUUCCUGAACACUCUCAAAAAAAUUAAAGCAUUACCAAUAAAAUUCAAGUCUAUCUUGAUCAAGACCCUUUGGUCUUGCCCCUCCUGGUUUGUUUGCCAUCUGCAUAUUUGCCAGACUUUUCCCCAUGUGGUGCUGACAUACAUGAAUUCGUGGUUUUCUGAGGCCCGUGGAUGGCUUGAGCCCCAGAGUUCAAGACCAGCUUGAGCAACAUGG